AUGAAUUCUAGUCAUGACCAUAUUUUUGAUCAGAUCAAAUUCAGGCUUGAUGAUGAAACAAUCGAUCCUGAAAAGAGAUCAUUUUGGGUUUUAUUAUCUUCUUUAGUGCUAUUUGUAGUAUGGAUAGUUUUUCUUACAUAUUAUUUAUCCCGUGUCGUUGGACCAAUCGUUUCGUUCAUAUUGAACAGAUACCUACGCCUCACAAAAACCCCUGGACAUAUCAAACUCACGAGCUUCUCUCUUAGUCUGCUCGGUGGCAAGCUUAUGUUCAAAGACUUUCUGUUUGCGAACGAUGACUACUCUCUUCGAAUAAAUGACGGAUGGAUAGUGUUUUCGUAUUGGAACUAUGUUCCUGGUCGAAAAGUGGACUUCAAAAGCAAUUCAUCUCGGUUGCACCUUUCUUUGAAUGGCUUACAAAUCCACAUCUACAACCGGGUUCAGCGAUACAAAGAGAUUGCUAAGCUGUUCCGUAUGGAAAAGAUUUUCGGAGAUGAUGUCGAGGUUAAGAGAGCAGUUCCAAUAGACAGCGCAGCACCAUCUGCCUAUUGGGAUCGUAUCUGGUCCUUAGUUGGUGUUAUUAAGCUGGACAUCUGGUCUGGCCGCGUAGUCAUCGGAAACAGGCUUUUGCCCUAUAUGCUGGUUGUUUCAAUGGAAAAUACGAACAGCAAAGUCCGUUUACGUGAAUCAGCUGCCGACCGAGCGUUGCUUUCUGUUGAAGGCCAAGCAGAGAGUGUUCGUGCUUCAUUUCUGAAACAUCCUGAUUAUAAGGGAGUGCCUUACAAGGAUCCACCUCGCACAAUGGGAGACGGUUUUGCUAUACUUCAAAGUGCCCUUUUACACUUUUUCUAUCAUCAGGAUAUACUAGGUUACGUAACCGUCGACGAGCAGUCACUGACCACUCAGAGGCCAAUUUGGGAGUCCAUAUGGCGUUUUGAUCACAAUACCGUAGUCUCUUAUGGCCCAUGGGCUGAUUUUCAACGCGCUCUGCUUUACAGUUUCUUCUUUCCAUCAGACUAUCAGACAGUAGUGCCAGAUGAACUUCCGAAGCGUGGGAAGAGAAGAAUUCAUAUCAUGCACGACGUUCGAAUCUCUCUCUUGAAGGAGACUUCUAUCGAUGUGUGGUUUAUGCGUGGUGAUCAACUGGAAAGUGUGCACAGUCGAUGUCAGCCUGGAAGUACAAUUGAUAUGUCAAUUUGGUGGAUAACAAAAGAAGACGGGUUCAGUUGGAGUAUGCAUACUUCUCUUCUUCGAUUGGAAAGUACAUCCUCUUUACCGUAUCGUAAACUUUUGGAGGCAGAGACAUUCAGCGUUGAUGCUGAAUUCAAAUAUCCAAGGGUAUUCAAUGCGAAGCAAAUUUGGGAUUUCAAGUUCCGUCUUACAAAAUGUUGCUGCUGGCUUGUGUGGGAUCAUCAGCGAUUUGUAUCGGAUCUAAUAAAUGAGUUCCUGGGUGACACUCCAGCAGAUCUUGUUACUUUUGUACCAUAUACUGUCAGCAUCGACUUUGAUGUUUCGGAUAGCUUUGAGGCCAUUCUACUACUGAAUGAAUCGAACUGGGUGGAUCCAUCUGAGAAGAAUCCAGAAAAUGUGGAGGCUUCGAUUGUUGGAACUUUCACGAUGCCAUUCGAGGAUUUCUUACCGGAAUUGGUCUCAACGACGUAUACACUCCGUCUGGAAAACGCGUUAGCGUUGCGAUUGCGCUAUCCGCCAGGCAGCGCCACAGCUCCCGUGAUGGCAGCCUUGUCUUGUGCGGCUUAUACCAAUAUGUACAGUUCCCCAUCGCCUCAUGGAAUUCAUUCGAAUAAUACGGAGGAAUGGCAUGAAAUCUGGCGCACAGAAAGUAUAACAUGCACUAUUGACUUCACAUAUCAUCCUACGGUAUCGAAAAUUGCCUCAGAUUUGCCACUACAUGUGCUGCAGGAAUUUUUGCCGAAGCCCGUAGAGCAUCCUAAGGAUCUUCCGCCCGAUAAAAUGAUUGUGAAGCUAGAGAUUGGUGGCUCGGAAGUGAGGCUCACUGGCUCGCUGAUAAAAUGUGUGAUUGAACUGAAGAACAACUACUUUGGGUUGUACGAUUCGAUGACUGAUGUUACUCAACCGGAAGCAAUCGCAAUGACACGAUCCAUUUACAAUCGUGUACUUCCAAAUGCUCCAGUAGAGGCUUAUAGGCCAAUGGAAGUAAUAGUGGAUCUUAGAGUGUUCAAUAUCAGAGCUCACUGUCUCACAUAUGCUUCAUUUUCAGAGGAGAAAAGUUUUUGUCCGGUGUUGUGUACGGAGGAGAUUGCUGUCGUAAUAAAGAAGGGUUUCAAGGAGACCAUAAUACAGGUUGGUUAUCUGAAGUCUAUUUUUGAAAUGCUUCUCAAAAAUACGCCAUCAAGUCAUUGGGGACAUGCAAUGUUCUCAUCAGUUGAUUGCCCAUGGGAUAUGGCUGUUGUCGAGUACUGUUGGCUGACAGAGCUUCUGAUUGGAGAUCUUGACGGGUCAUUUAGUAGUCCAUCACAAAUCAUUACACUGAUAAACUUUCUCGACACACUACUGUUGCUUGUCAUUGCGAAGGAUGACGCGAAAAUCGUCCCGGAGAGGUUCAAAUUUUGUCAACAUGGACAAACAUGUACAGUAUGCUCAAUAGGAUCACAACCAGGGCGCCCAUGUGAACCAGAGGAACGACUGAAGUAUCGACAAAUGCGUCUUGCUGUAGAUGGCGUGCAUUUGGCGUUGACGGACGAGAACACUGCUAUCACUUUAGCUGUCGAUCCGAUACGCUUUACUCUCUGCAAUGCUCAUGAGAAACGAUGUACUGAACAUAUCUGCGUUCGGAUACCGCAAGUGACCGCUCUGCAAUUGUUUCAUCCGUCCAACAGCCCUACAUGGCUAGAGUGUGCGCGCGCGAGUAUCUCAGGAGUAUCGCUUGAUGUUGAGGUAUGGUCUCAGAGUUUAAAUGUUUUCAUCAAGAAGCCAACUGAAAAAAGGCCAGGACAGCGUUGUAAUUUUUUGGAUGAUGAUCAUCCUCAUUUGAACGCUUCUCAGUUACCGAAUCCACCUGCAUCGGGUCAUUUGGAUCAGCUAAGACAAGCGUUCCUUCAAAAGCACGACAGGGAAAGUAAGCGUCUUCAUUUCCUAUGGGAUCGCACCACAACGGCGUGGAGCUGUGCGUGCUAUGGCGAUACAGCUUUUAUAACGAAAGACGAUCCACUCGGACAAUAUUUUUUAAUUCAUCUGGAUCAAAAAUUGUGUGUACACUCAAUGAACCAGACACCUGGUGGGCAGCCUGGUGUAUUUCAAAACAUAGUAUAUCCCGAAAAAAAGCUUUUCCGAGAAGAACUCCGGCAAUACUUUUCGCCAUCACGCAAGCCCAGUACUCAAACUACGAGUGAGGUUCCAUCCAUGGAAACCGCCUCCUUCCAUUCGGCGAUGUCGAAAACUAUUCCGAUAGAGAAGUGCUUGGUAUCUGUACGUCCCCUGACUGAUGCUUAUGGCGAGUACCUUACUCAUUACAAUGUCACCAGCAGGACAAAAUCUGAAGCGCCACAAUUCGGAGCGCCUGGAGAGAUUGCACAGUGGGUCGAUGCGCGAACUUUCAAAGUGUUUGAGGUCCAAAAAGGCAUAUCUUCCGUCCAUCUUACUCUGUUAACUCCCUCUAUGAAAGGCGGCUCUUCGAAGGUCCAACCAGCUUCAGAAAUGCAGUCCGGUGAAACGGUGUUUGAGCCUCAGGCGUUGGAUACUCGCCCGGCAACGCAUGAUGGUAGAUUUGUAAUCAACGGCUCAGUAGGCAAGACGCUAGAGUGCUCUCAAACAUUCGUCUUUCAGAUCUUUUUCACGCCUCUUGCCAUAGAAUUACUUGAUCGUCUGCUGGUUGAUGUAUCGCGAUGUGUGGCGUUAAUUCAUCCGUCAAUGCUAGUCCAAAUGAGUUACCGCGAGUGUGUCAAUAAGCAACACCGUCAGCCGUUAACGGAACCACUUUUUACUACAACUGAAUCCUCGCCAUUGCUUAGCGUUUCGUUGGAUCUCCCGCUUGCUCAUGUAGCUAUGUUUGAGUGUAGUAUAGUUCAUAGUGAAGGCACUGAAGUAAAAACAGCUGCGAACAUGGCGGCAGUGCUUCUGCAGAGAGCUUCAGUAACCUCCGGUACAACGAAAGACUUCGUGGCUUGGGACAAAUCUCCGCUAGCAGAGCGAAUGCUGGAUAUUGAACCUCGUGUCGUCGUUGAUUUCCAAGUGCCGGACGUCGAAAUCUCACUCGAAGGUCGUGACGCGAACGUCAAAUCGAACGCUGAAGCGGUAAAUCGCGAGUCGGCAGAAAAAUUAACGCCUCCGCUCCAUUCAGCGAAGAUUCUCCACCUAUACAAAAUGAAGCUGCAAGAGAACUGGGGUGCAACGGUGGACAUGACAUUCGCUCAAGUGCUCAAACUAGCCUUAGACUCUACGGAUGACCGUAUUUUCAAAGCCAAAAGUGGACGCUGUGUGAUGCAGAAAGUAACCGAAUUGGGUGCACAUCAAGCUAGCUGUCCGUCCUGUUUACUUUUACAUACUGUGCUCAGGUGGUGUGCCUUACCGGAAUCUGCGGAGAAAUUGGCCCAGCAGCCACCUUCUACGUUGGCGUUUAUUCCUGAGUUCUCGGAUCGAACGAAGAGAAAAACGGCCUUGAUGGCGUUGCUCAGCCACUGGCAUCCGGACAUAUGCCAACAAGUCAAAUUGGCCUCAAAUGCCGAAGCACGUAAGUUCCGCGUUGAUCCGACAUCGUUGACACGAGAAGUUCGUAUACCCAUGGACGAACCUGAAAAGAAGUCGGAUCUAAAGCUCCGCCAAAAUCUGAGCAAGAGUAGUCAGGCCACUACGAACGUCGCAAGUAAUGCAGGAGCAACCAAGAGGCGAUCGUCGACGCACGAGCAGAAAGUUGAUCUCUAUCACUGGUUGUUGUCGGUGCAUCGCGAGCCUAAAGAUCGGAAAUUGACUGAUGCAGGUGGUAGAGAUUACCUGAAUCCUAUGGACAUAAUGUCACAAGCGUUCUUCUUUAGCUUCUACAGGAGUCAUUGCCUCGAGUGGACAAAUCUUGAUGAUAUGCCCUUUCAUCAGCUUUCAUUGGCCUACAUUUUUGUUAUCAACAAUGUAGUUACCGCAAUGGUCGAACAGAGAGUAGUUUCUUCGGCAGCUGAUAUCUCUCGAAAGUUUAUCACACCGCAUUUACAUCAACUUGUACAUGUGAAAAGAAUUGCUAUCGACGGAAAACUGUCUUGGCAUAUCGUCAUGGACGAGAAAGGACUUCUACCAGAAAAGGGAAUCGCUGAUAUAACGUACAAUGGGACCGUUGAGAAUGUCCGUUUUGUUGUGGCGUUAUGCUCAGUGUGUCUAAUCAAAGAGAUAGCUUUGGUGUCAAAAACUCUAAGCGCACCUGGCGAUCACAAGAAACGUGGUAGUGCACCUCACUCUUCAGCGGAGCAGUUAUCCCCAAUGAACUCGCCGAUGGUCGCGCAAACACGUGCAUCAGUGUCGUGGGAUGUCCGUGUACUAGAUAUGAUGCGUGAUUUUGAGAAGAAUCGCAGUCGAACUGCUACUAAGAAGAGAGGCGGCGUAGAAAAGAAGAUUCGCGGAGAGCUCGAAAUUGAUUCUGUUCGUUUGGAAUCGAUUCUCACAGAUCUCUAUGUGUCGAUGAUGGUGCAGCUGAUUGGAGUCAAGCAAUAUCAUGAUUCUGAUCGUAAUCAUGGCAACAAGUCGAAGAAGAAUAUCAAGACGCUUUUGUCAAAGCGCCAUGCGACAAUGUUUGACAUAAGUUUGAGAAAGGCAAGUCUUGCGCUCAUGGAGUCAGACAAUGCGAAACAGAAUAUGCACAUAGUAAACUGUACGCUUCACGAGAGUAGCGCAAGAUUGUCAAGUGGUGUGGCUGAGGGCGAAAAGGACGAACCUCUGACUUCCCUACGGGUUUCUCUCGGAGCUAUCGAAGGAGAGCUUCCAGUGGCCGCACACUCGCUUCAUGACGUCGUAAUGAGACAUGGCCCCCAGGUUGUGUGCAUGUUGCAGUUGGAACAACAGUUCAAUCGGCUUAGUGCACAGCCAGCACAACCAGCACCGAGCAAUCAGAAACCAGAAGCAGAACAACAAACGGACUCUCUGCAGCAGGUCGAAGUUGUUGGGCCGGCACAAGUCGCUGCAUGGGAACAGAAUCAUGGGAAAUAUGGUGAUGCGACAAAGAAGCCAGUCCGACCACGUGCACCCAUAAUGAAAAUCAAAUUCGAUUUCGAAACUUCGAACAUUGAAUUACGUGCACGUCUUCUGCCCAGUCUUCUGGCUCGAUAUAAGCUCAAUAGGGCCUUCAGCAGUGGAGUAACUGGGGAUGAAGCGAAAUGGACUGCCAGUAUCCAAACACAUUAUGCAGAGUUUUGUGUGUCAUCGGCUGGAAAGCCCAUGGACACCUUCACUCUGGCAUUGCCAGCUGUUGGAGUCAAUGGAGAGUACACCGUAGACAAAGAGGGAACUGCGCCGGCAACAAACAAGACUCUUUUGUAUCGUGAGGGAGGCUAUCUGAAAGUGACCGUCACACUAGGUCAAGUCAAUCAUUCAUUCACUACCGAUCUUCUGAAUCAAAUUCUAUUUGCCGAGCAGUCCUUCCGUAGUGAACUGUCAGCACUGAUCACCCGUCUUAGGGCAGAAAGAUCUGGAUGGUCACCCGCUGCGAAUAAUGCUCCUCAAAUUUCAAGCAGGGAACCGAUGUUACUGUUCUCUCUCAAGGUGAAAGGACAAGGUGUACCGUGGUUACAGCUUACAGCAGCUACUCCCACUGCGACCGCUGUUCGUUUUACAAUCGAAAGCUUGGAUGCAGAGUUGACGAAUCGUUGGGUUAUGAAGGAAUUAGGUUCAGCCAAGGAACGCCUUUUUGGUGCAGCUGCUAUACAGUUCAACGCGAAGUUAGGUCAACUGGUCAAGGUAGCGGAAUAUGCAGAGCUCCAAGCGGAGCUGCAAGAAUAUGCAACUUUUAUGACCCAGGUUCGUGUAGAGAACAAGGAAAGCUCAUCGCAUCAAUCCUAUUCUUACCAUAUAUCGUUGAAUCGGCCCAUACUACUGAUUAAGUCGAGCGCCAUAGACAAGGCGAUUCUCCUCUGGCUUAACUACAAAAACACCUACGACUAUUGGAGAGCUGAGCGAAGUAAAGUGGUUAGAGCGGCAAGCGCAGCAGUUAAGCAGAGAAGCAACAGUAUUCAACACGCGAUGUUCUCACCUCCUCAAACACAGAACUUCGAUGUGAAUCUCUCGUUGGCCAUAAACAACGGAAUGUAUGUAUGCAUGCCACUCUACAGUCAAGAUCUCACAGAUGGUAUGCCUGCACUGGUCUUGUCUUUGCAGGUGAGGGCACUGGGAGUUUCUAAUGAGGGUAAUGAAGCUCUCAAGGAAUCGUUAUUUCAGAAAAGCGAUGUGACCGUUUGUAUUAUGAAAGAGCUGGCUUGUCAGGCAUCAUUCCAUGGGUUCAAGUUGAACUUCAUCGACAAUUUUGAUGAACUUUCUUUGUCGGAGAGUGUGAAAGAAGCAACUGGAAACACUCAGACAAACUAUCUGUUCUUCCCUCAAGGAACGUACCAGCUGUGCUCGCAGGGCGCAAAAUGGGUGCUAAGUGUACGAUCACAGAUGCGAGGAAUGGUUAUCGAUUUGGAUCAGAGAAUAGGAAAAUUUGCGAAAUUGGUCAUCAAUACGUUUUCAUCGCUUGGCGAAAACGAAGAUGAUAUGGACGAUAGGCGGUCUAAUGUUUCCGAAGACGAUGAUCCUAAGAUUGAAGGUGCUGGUGAACUGAAGAAUCUUCGACCGGAGGAGAGAGUGCCGUGGAUGGAAAGGAAGAUGCAUGAACAGUCAACGCUGGUAUCAGACCUGAUCGCUUGUAAAGCAUCCGAGAAACGUAUCGAAGCUGAACGAAGUAAGCUCCGUCAGUACGAGCUGAUGCGAUUCAAAGAGUUCAGACGUAGUAUGAUUGAGAAGAUUCGUCGUCGAAGGAAUACUGGCAAUAAAGGAGACAAAGGGCUUAGUGCCAUUUCGAAUGAAAACCUCAGGCCAUCGAAAACAAUUUCUGAUCAACGGGCACCUGAAGUUGAAGAAAAAAGUCAUGCUGAAAAUGUUCGAAUGAAUAUCGAUGUCCAGGUGAGCAUCGAAUCCGGCCGAUGUACGUUGCGAACAGCAUUAAAACAGGAAAUGUCGUUGAUGAUGGUUCCCACUAUGGUGAAAAAACCGUCAGCGAAAGAUCUACGUGCAAAAGCAUUUGCCUCUGCUCAGCCAACGAAUUUGACGAGGUUCAGUAUUCCGAGCCUCGAUAUGAAAGGCUACUACAUAUCAGCAGAUAGUGGUUCUCUGCCAGCUUCAGUGGCUGCCUCCUUUGCUAAUGGACCCACCGCCCAGCCAUCUCUGGCAAAGCUGGAACCUGUUCGAGUUCCUUCUCAGCUUGAUCUCAUGACUGUUCGAAAUCGUGGAUGCUUUUACUUGUCGGCGGCAUUGGCAUCUAUGCCAACGGAGACGGUUGUCACACCACAUCUGGCAGAUUAUUUGGAACAAGUGAGUGAGAAAGUGAUUGCAGUUCCGGAUAGUCACGGAUCAUACUGUAAUCACUAUGCCUGUAGUGAAGCCCAAAAUAUUUGCAAUAAACUGGAGGUUCAGAUGCUGGAACCGCUCCCAAUUUCGUCUGGCGCCACAGUGACUUCGGUACCAUCAACAGGGGAACAACAAGAAGGCGUGGCUCAUAUCGUCGGUAUGGAUACCAGCGCGCUACCGAUUGACGUCCUGUUCUUUCUUACAGUUCAAAGUAGUACGAUUCGAUUUGAUGGCCAACAACAGGUAACUUGUGGUCUAGGUCUAAGAAGUUUUAGCCGUAAACCCUCCAAUUGUAUACUUCAGAGAAGUUCGGCUGCUGAUUGCCUUCUGAAACUGCCAUGUUUAUCGCUGAUGGCGACUACGAGAAGAACGGUUGAAGAUUCAUAUGUGGGCGGUAUAGAUGUAUCAGCGACACUGAGCGCGUUUUCGUUAAGCAUAUACAGUCCGCAUCAGCAAUCUACAGCUCAUGAUGCUUUAUCGCUUACCCUCGACCAUCUAUCCUUUGUGAUUUCUAGAAGUAAGAACUCGAGCGUGGAGGCUGACAACCGAGUAAAGUUUGUUCUUACUUCAAACAUCGGUGCGGCGAAUUUCAACUACGAUAUGCGACGCCUGAGCGAGCUGAUGGCUUUUCCCAAACCAUGGUAUCGUGCAGCAAUCGCUCGUCGUGUCUUCUUCGGUGAUCAAGCGGCGGCGCACGACACAACGAGCCAACGGCCCAGUACUAUUGCUAGUCAUCAGCUAAUAGCCGCCAGACCAGUGAAUGUGAGACCUGAAAAGGCUUGGUCAGCAACGGUGCUGUUAGCAGUGCAAUGGAAAGAGCUGAAUGUGAACGCCCAAAUGUCCAACACAAUGGGUAAUACGUCGUGGAAAGCACGUCGUGGAUUAUUGCGUGCAAUUGCUAAGUUGAACUCGCGGUCUGAACGGAAUGUUACCCUCACCUUCAAACUGGAUUCGAGUGAACUGACGGCUCAUGGAGGAGCAAUCAGUGGAGAAAUAGCACUCAGUCGGCUACUCCUGUCGGCUUCGCAUAAGAGGAAAGUAAACCGGCCUCCAAAGAAUGGAGCCAAGGUCCAGCUUCGUUGGUUGGCAGCGCGAGUGGAAUGGAUGAGCCGGGCAGUACUCAUUGGUCGAUGCGAGAAGCCUGCCAUUUCUCUUGGAGAUGAGUUCUCCAGGGAUAGGAACGACGAAGGAGAGUAUACUCGUGCAUGUGUACGGUUGAAUGUGAAAGGAUCGUGGGAGGAUCUGCAACUGGUGAUCACACGGUGUACUGUGGAUGACAUCCAAAAGAUAAUCAACAAACUGAAGACUUUCUUCGAGGAGCAACUCAAGAGCUCAAAGAUGGUAUGGGGUAUACAGGAAGAAAGCGCCGCGACACCUAGCAAUUCCAAAGAACGACAGGAAAGCACGGAGGCACCGACAAUGGCGACAGCCAUUUGGCAGAAAGUGCUGGAUACAAUUACGCAGAUUCAAUUCAAACAAAAAAUUCUGCCAAUUCCGCAACAUGGUGAGACAGUAGUUGGAGGGUUUGUUGGUCUGGAAGCUGGUCGUUUAUCGUUGGCAUGUAUGCAUGGAGAGAUGAAUGCUCACAGUUGGGCUCUUUUCCACCUGCGAUACCCAGGAAUUAUCUUUACACCCGAGGCCAAAUUCUCUUACAUAGACAAGGACGACGAUGUAAUAGGAAUAGCCUUGCGACAGAAACUAGUAAUCCGUUUGGGACCACAGGAUGCGAAGCGAACGGCUUCAAAUAAUCCGGUAGAAAUCCCGAAUAUGAGUGCUGAAAAUAUGGCAACCGUCUGCCGAGUACAGCAAAAUCGGAAUACUGUAAUGCGACAGAAUGCCUCGAUUUCGACCAGUCUAGAGUAUUUGAUAGGAGAUGUUCUGAAACAGAUCGGCCUUGCUUCAGGCAAAGAGGGAACUGUGACGUCAUCAAGAGGGCAGCACAGCGUGCUGGAACUGUUCCAGUUUCCGGCAUUGGAGGCCAUACUUAUCUCCGACCAAAUGAAUGAAUGCGAUGUAGUCGAAUUUGAUGAGGAUGAUCGACCAGAAGAUUCUCCACUCCCAGUUGAGAACCCAGUAAAAACAGACAAGCGACGAUAUCUCUGCGAGAAGUGGGCAGUGGAUCCGAAGAUCAGGUUCAUUGAUCGGUUCCGGUGGAAUCCACCUGUCAUCGAUGAGGUGUUAAGGAAGUUGCAGAUUUUCGAUCAUCGUACAACGAUUCCGAAGGCUUUGCAAAGGGCGUUGCUAGAUCCACUGGAUAAGGCUGUAGCAGUAGCUCUGUACGAACUUCUUCGUCUUGUGGAUCAGCGACAAUCUAUUGAACGAAGCAGUAGAACGUAG